AUGUCAGUCUUCAUCCCUGAAGACAAGGAACUCAGCUCAGAAAGCUCACUGGAAUUUGAGGAGAAGCUGGACGCGGAGAAACAAUUUUUCGCGGUGCCCGUUGCAGAGUUUGACGAUCCGAAUUUUGACAGCGAGACGAUAUACUUUGAGGAUGACUCUCCGUAUCCCGAGGUUCGCUCCGCUGUCGCAAAUACGGAUGAUCCCCUCAUGCCCGUUUGCACAUUCCGCGCAUGGACCAUUGGUCUUCUUUGGUCUAUCAUUAUACCUGGUCUGAAUCAGUUUUUCUUUUUCCGAUAUCCAAGCGUCGAAGUCACAGGCAUUGUGGCCCAACUACUGUCGUUUCCUGUGUGUCGAUUAUGGGACAGACUAGUACCGCAGGUCAAAAUUUUUGGAGUCUCCCUCAACUCCGGUCCGUUCACGGUGAAGGAGCAUGUGUUAAUCACAGUUAUGGCCACUGUGGGAUACAACUCAGCAUAUGCCACUGAUAUCAUUGCGGUGCAACGUGUAUACUAUAGUGAGGUCUGGAAUUUCAGCUAUCAGUGGAUGAUUGUCUUAUCAACACAGCUUAUCGGUUUCUCAAUUGGUGGCGUGUGCCGUCGAUAUCUAGUCCAGCCCCCAUCCAUGAUAUGGCCCGCCAGUCUGGUGACUUGUGCUCUAUUUAAUACACUGCACUCGCAACAAUAUGCGGGGAUAGGUCAGCAUGGCGGCAUCUCGCGGGAGCGCUUUUUCGCCUACGCGUUCACCGCUGGAGUCUGCUGGUAUUUCUUUCCUGGAUAUAUCUUCCAAGCUCUCAGCUAUUUCAGCUGGGUAUGUUGGAUUGCCCCGGACAACGUAGUUAUAAAUCAACUCUUUGGAUACGAAUCUGGCCUUGGUAUGUCCCUGAUUACCUUCGACUGGAGCCAGAUCGCGUUUAUUGGCUCUCCUCUUGCAACCCCAUGGUGGGCGGAGGCCAACGUGGCCGCAGGCUUUGUUUUCUUCUUUUGGUUCCUCACACCCGUGCUCUACUAUGCAAAUGUGUGGUACGCACAGUAUAUGCCCAUUUCCUCGCGUGAUUCCUUCGACAACACGGGAAACUCAUACAAUGUUUCGCGGAUUAUCAACCCUGAUGUCACACUCAACAUCUCGAUGUACGAGAAUUACUCCCCACUUUUCCUCUCGACCACAUGGGCUGUGGCGUACGGUCUCUCGUUUGCCUCUAUCACGUCGACAAUUGUACACACAAUUCUGUAUUUCCGUAGACAGAUCUGGGUCCAGUCUCGCCGCUCGUUAUCCGAACAGCCGGAUAUCCACGCCCGUUUGAUGAAUCAGUACCCACAGGUCCCGGACUGGUGGUAUGGUGCAAUACUUGUUACCAUGUUUGCAUUUGCUGUAGUAUCAAUAGAGGUCUGGGACACGCAAUUUCCUGUGUGGGCCCUGAUACUCGCCUUGGUCAUCUCUUUUGCAUACACUAUACCGUGUGGUAUGAUACAGGCUAUCACAAAUCAGCAAAUAGGACUCAACGUCAUCACGGAGCUCAUCAUCGGAUAUGCAUUGCCCGGCCGCCCGCUGGCGAUGAUGAUGUUUAAGACAUGGGGCUUUAUAACAAUGUAUCAGGCGCUACAGUUCGCCUCGGACAUGAAGCUUGGCCAUUACAUGAAGAUUCCACAUCGACCCAUGUUUUGGGCUCAAAUCAUUGCUACUGUAGUUGCAGGAACAGUGCAGCUUGGCGUUCAGUCUUGGAUGUUCAGCAAUAUCCCAGAUAUGUGCCAACCGACGCAGAAGGAUAGUUUCACAUGCCCUUCGACUCAAGUUUUUGGCGCCGCGUCAAUAAUAUGGGGCGUUAUAGGCCCUGCACGCCAAUUUUCCGAAGGUCAAAUAUACAACGGGCUCCUGUAUUUCUUUCUCAUUGGGGCAAUUUGUCCGCUUAUAUCGUACCUGAUAUCUCUGAGGUGGCCCAAUUCCAUUUGCAAAUAUAUCAACUUUCCCGUCAUCUUCAAUGGCACCUCACUCAUCCCACAAGCCAUUGCCAUCAACUAUGUGCCGUGGGCUAUUGUUGGGUUCCUGUUCAACUAUGUCAUCCGUCGGCGACAUUUUUCAUGGUGGACGAAGUACAAUUAUAUUCUUUCUGCUGCGAUGGAUUCCGGCGUCGCAGUGUCUAUACUCCUCAUCUACUUCUGCCUACAGUUCCCCGCGAAUGGCACGAUCGGGCAAAAUACAAUACAACAAUGGUGGGGUAAUAAUGUGUUUAAGAACACGUCAGAUUACAAGGGAGAGUCUUUGCUCAGGGUCGAUGGGCCGUUUGGGCCGAAGCAUUGGUAG